UCAAGAGUAAAUACACUCUAAUAGUAGUAUAAAUAUCGAUACGCGUCCUGCACACACGUAUUUACGCUGUGUUAUAUAUUAAACUCAUUUAAUAAAAGUUUGUGAUUUAUCUCAAUGUAUUUUGAUAUAUAGACGCCGUAUUAUACAUGUAUAUAAUUACUGAUAGUGUGUAAAAUAUAACUUCAUAAUAUCAAUCUUUGUUACAUUCCAAACGGACAAAAGAAAUGGAUGAAGAUAUAAGUAUUCACGCCGGAGUCAAGCGAGAAUUUGGUUUAUUGGAUUAUGUGUUGUUUUCGAUAUUAUUCGUGAUUUCAACAUUCAUAGGAGUUUAUCAUGCAUAUAAAGAUAGAAAAAUCUCAAACGUGAGACACUUUCAUCUUGGAAACCGACAGAUGCACCCAAUACCCGUAAGUCUUUCACUUGCAGCCACGUUCUUGUCGGCAAUUACUCUAAUUGGAAUUCCGGCCGAGAUUUAUAAAUUUGGGACGAUGUAUGCCUGGUUGAUUUGUGGAACGUUGAUUGCAACUGCCGGUGCUGCCCAUGUGUUCUUGCCUGUGUUUUAUUCAUUAAAUACAACCAGUUGCUUGGCUUAUCUACAAAUGCGUUUUGGUACAGUCGUAAGAGUAAUUAUUUCAAUUAUGUUUAUACUUCAAACACUGAUAUACAUGGGAUUUAUACUUUAUGUUCCAUCCCUGUCUUUCCAAGCAGUUACUGGUUUAUCAUUAUGGGGAACAAUGAUUGGCGUUUCUGCUGUUUGCACACUAUACACGAUGCUUGGCGGAAUAAAGACAGUAUUAUGGACUGACAGCCUCCAGCUUAUCAUUAUGUUUGCUGGACUUUUAACUCUAGUUAUCACGGGAUUAAAUAGAACUGGUGGCCUUACAAAAGCAUGGGAAACUGCAAGUACACAUGGUAGAAUUGAACUAGCAAAUUUUUCACCUGAUCCUCGCACACGUCACUCAGUGUGGUCUGUUUCUAUCGGAGGAGGUUUAUUUUGGUCAUAUCUAUAUGGAGUGAACCAAGCUCAGGUACAACGCCAAUGUUCCCUCCCAACACUGACAAAAGCCCAGACCGCUCUAUGGUUAAAUUUUCCAGCUCUUGUAGUUAUCAAUGCACUAGCCUGUCUUCUCGGUGUUGUCAUGUUUGCCUUUUAUAGCAAAUGUGACCCAGUAAAAGUAGGACUUGUUGAUAAACCCGACCAACUUGUUCCACUUAUGGUGCUUGACGUGCUUGGUAGUUAUGAAGGACUUCCAGGCAUAUUUAUGGCAAGUGUAUUUAGUGGAAGUCUUAGUUCCAUGUCAUCAGGACUCAAUGCUAUGUCGGCAGUCGUUACUGAGGACUACCUGAAACAUUUCUGUUGCAAAUCGUUGUCCGGAAGAAAAGAGUUGUUUAUUUCAAAAUUAAUGGUACUUAUGUUUGGAUUUGCAAAUUUUGCUGUUGCUGUAAUUAUUUCACAGGCUAACAGCGUCGUUGCACUACAGCUUUCUUAUUCAUUGUAUGCCAUACUGUCAGGUCCUGUAUUUGGCUGCUUUAUUGCUGGUAUGAUAUUCCCGUGGACAAAUAAGACGGGUGCAUUAAUAGGCUUAAUAACUUCUUUGGGAAUGGUUAGUUGGCUUGUGUUAGGUGCACAGAUUAAUCGACCUUCGGGAAUAAAGCCAUUGCCAGUGAGAACGGAUGGUUGUAGAUGGAUAAACAGCAUUAACCAUUCUCAAUUAGUAUAUAACACAUCGCUUGAUUUGUCAUUUAAUAGCCAUACUUUACCUAAUAACACUACUAUUGUAUCCAUAGGAACUGUUGAAGAAGAGCCACGAGUUUAUGACUUUUACAGAAUGUCCUAUAUGUGGUAUGCAAGUUUCGGAAUGAUCAUAAAUAUCAUAGUGUCUUUAUUUAUCAGCUUUGUUACAGGCCCGUUAAAUCCGAAGAAAGUGAACAGUAAACUGAUGAGUCCGCUGUUCUAUAAAAUGUUUCCGUUUCUACCAGAAAGUAUAAGGCGAUAUUUGUACCUCGGUGUUGAUUACAGUAACACAUUAUCAGACGACAAAAUCGAUGAAGAAAUAAGUCUAAAUGUAUCGUGUGACAAUCAAAAAUAGAUCCAUGUUGAUUCAUAUGUUUGUCAAAUUCUGUACAAUUUAAUGUGUUUGUGAGACAUGUUGUGUUUAACGAAUCAAAACAUUUUUUUUUUGAUUCGAUGCGUUUUAAAAGCACGAGAAAAGUGAUUGUUUAAAACACUGUGCAUUUUUUCUACACUUUUUGUUGUUAUUGUAGAUUUUUUUUGCAUUAAAACUCCUAUAUAAUCAGUAUACAUGCAUAGUUUGUGUAUAUUCAAAUUUUGAAAUCAAAGGGUGAAAAACUUGUUUUAAUGCAUUCAGAACAGGAUAAACUCGUAUUCUUACAACGAUUGCACGCCUACAUUUUGAUCAUAUCUCAUUUAUAUAUAAAACAAAUUGUGUUUCAGUUUGUCUGAUUGUAAUUGUUGGUUGUUUUAAAAUAAAGUGGUAACGUGUUUACUAUUUUUAUACACUUUUUAAUCCUGUAAGAUGUAAGAACGCAAUAUUCCUGAUAAUAAAAUCAAUUGAAUAUCUAUACAUGUAUUAUGUCUUUUAUUACCGCAUAUAAAUAAUAAAUGAAGAUUUUUUUUAUUUUCAUUAUUUAUGUAGUUAAAUAUAUAAAUAAAAAUUAUAAAUACAGGUAGCUGAUGCUCGAUUCAUGUGUAUGUUGUAUGUUUAUUUUUCUUCAAUAAAAUAUAU